AGCCACGGUCCACUCUGAGGGCCGCAACAUGAGUCCCCGAGGGCCUCUGGGAACAUGUCUCAGGACUCAAAGUUCAGAGCAUCCCCUUCUGUAACCUGCUCUGUGUUGGGCUGCUAGACACGGAAGAAAACCUCCCCUACCCCUCACAGUUCCUCUACCUGACUGACCUGGCAUUUCCUGGGAGUUUACCUAGCUUGAGCCUGGAAGGAAAUGUGUAAAAUUAGAAGGAGUUUAAUAAAAUAAUGCUGUCGGCAACAAAUAGUAUACCACCUUAUAAUGACUCCUUUCCUUUGGAAAGUGGUAACUGUGUAUUCAGGAAGCAGGUAUGUAUGUCCCCACGAUGAACAAGUGGCCUUCACAGGUGUUUCUGGCUGCUUUCUUCUUGGUGGAUGGGAGCAUGACCUGUGAUGUGCCCUUCUCUGGCCGGCUAUACAUAGCCAGCAAAGCUUCUUACAAGAGAAACCUCUUUCUGUACCCUCCGCCAGUGCUACCCGUGGACUAGAAGACUCCCUGUAAAUCCUCUGGAAGCUACUGAACCUUGCAAGGGAAACCAUCCAGCUGGCCCCCAGACGUACUGAGUCCCCACCGCAGCUGUGCAUCCUUCCUUUUCUUUUCCUGGGAGCACACCUUGUGCUCAGCUAUGGUCGACAUGGGGGGCCUGGACAACCUGAUUGCCAACACAGCCUACCUGCAGGCCCGGAAGACCUUGGAUGGAGACAGCAAGGAGCUGCAGAGGCGACGCCGGAGUCUGGUGCUGCCCGGGCCACAGUCCUGCACCCAGCUCCGCCAGUCCCUGCCCCAGGACUUCAACAACCUGUGCGAGCAGCAACCCAUUGGCCGCCGCCUCUUCCGGGACUUCCUAGCCACAGUGCCCCCAUACCAAGAGGCCGUGGCCUUCCUUGAGGAGGUGCAGAGUUGGGAGCUGGCUGAGGAGGGUCCUGUCAAGGGCAGCAUGCUGCAGGGGCUAGUGGCCACUUGUGUGGCUGCUUCUGCUCCAGGGCACCCACAUCCCUUCCUCAGCCCAGCUCUGGCCACCAAGUGCCAAGCAGCCACCACCGAGGAAGAUCAGAUAGCCCUGGUGGCACAGGCCAAGGCUGAGGUCAUGGCCUUCUUGCAGGACCAGCCCUUCCGGGAUUUCCUGGCCAGCCCCUUCUAUGACAAGUUUCUGCAGUGGAAGGUCUUUGAGAUGCAACCGGUGUCGGACAAGUACUUCGAUGAGUUCCGAGUUCUGGGGAAAGGUGGUUUUGGGGAGGUAUGUGCUGUCCAGGUGAGAAACACUGGUAAGAUGUAUGCCUGUAAGAAACUGGACAAGAAGCGGCUGAAGAAGAAAAAUGGUGAGAAAAUGGCUCUUUCAGAAAAGGAAAUCUUGGAAAAGGUCAGCAGUCCUUUCAUCGUCUCUCUGGCCUAUGCCUUUGAAACCAAGUCCCAUCUCUGCCUGGUCAUGAGCCUGAUGAAUGGGGGAGACCUCAAGUUCCACAUCUACAGUGUGGGUACACGGGGCCUGGACAUGAGCAGGGUGGUCUUCUACUCGGCCCAGAUGACCUGUGGAGUGCUGCACCUCCACUCACUCGGUAUUGUCUACCGGGACAUGAAGCCGGAGAAUGUGCUUCUGGAUGACCUCGGCAACUGCAGGCUGUCUGACCUAGGGCUGGCCGUGCAGAUCCAGGAUGACAAGCCUGUCACACAGAGGGCUGGAACCAAUGGUUAUAUGGCUCCUGAAAUCCUAAUGGAAAAAGUGAGUUAUUCCUAUCCUGUGGACUGGUUUGCAAUGGGAUGCAGUAUUUAUGAAAUGGUUGCUGGACGAACACCAUUCAAAGAUUACAAGGAAAAAGUCAGUAAAGAGGAUUUAAAGCAAAGAACCCUGCAAGAAGAGGUCAGAUUCCAACAUGAUAACUUCACGGAGGAAGCAAAAGAUAUUUGCAGACUCUUCUUGGCUAAGAAACCAGAACAACGUUUGGGAAGCAGAGAGAAGUCUGAUGAUCCCAGGCAACACCCUUUCUUCAAAACCAUCAAUUUUGCUCGCCUGGAAGCUGGCCUAGUUGAGCCCCCAUUUGUGCCAGACCCUUCCGUGGUUUAUGCCAAAGACAUCGCUGAAAUUGAAGAUUUCUCUGAGGUUCGGGGAAUUGAAUUUGAUGAUAAAGAUAAGACGUUCUUCCAAAGAUUUGCAACAGGGGCUGUCCCCAUAGCAUGGCAGGAAGAAAUUAUAGAAACGGGACUGUUUGAAGAACUGAAUGACCCCAACAGGCUUGCAGGUUGUGGGGAUGGUAAUUCAUCCAAGUCUGGUGUGUGUUUGUUAUUAUAAGUUGUUCUCUCUACCAGAUGGGCAGCAGGAAUUUCAGCUGACAUAAUCCUUGAAUGUUCCUAACACAUGAAAAUCUGUUGAAUGAGGACUGAUCAAUCAGGAGGGACAUUUCAACCAUAGAACAGUUCAAAGGACAGGUCAGCUCACCACUAGGACACAUUUUUCUUUUGCCUUCCUUCCUCCCUCCCUCCCUCCCACCCUUCCUUCCCUCCUCUCUCUCCCUCCAUCUCUUUCUUCUUUCUCUUUUUUUCAUAAAGAUGAGUCAAGUAAAGUUUCAGUUUUCACCAAGGGCUGGGAAAAGGAACAGUCAGGUUUAUUUUGAUAAACUAAAAGCAUGAGCCCUCCAGCAUCAUGUCCCUGAAAAUGACACAAAGUCCUAGGAAUAGAGAUUGGAACUUUGUGGUGUACUCAGUAAAUGAGCAUUUGCAAUUCUUAGUAAAUAAUCAUUUUAGUUUUUCUUUGUUUAUAUCCCUUCUUCUCUUCUUCUUUCAGUAUUUAUUCUGCUUCUGUACUUAUAAAAAAGAUUUGGAAGCUGGAAAUAAAUGUUCCUGAU